CUUGGUCUUAAGCGAACACAUAAUUCUGCACAGAGUGAAGUAAAUGUUUCCAGGUACAACUUACAACUUACCGCUAGCCCUUUCACGUAAAUAGAGGUAUAAUGUGCUGCAUGUAGCAAAAAUGGUGACAGUUGUGACUCUUUUCAACAGCAUUGCAUGAUCAGGAUUACGAAUUUAUUUGUUUUCUAGGCCAUACUUUCAUUUUGAAAUUGUAGGUCUAGCUGUAGAGGUUCUAUUUUUCGACUAGAAGGCAGCGCCAUGGCAACUUCCGCGACAAGUGCGUCCUUGCGGCGGAAACAGCGAAGUAUCAAAUGUAAAAAUAUCUGGGUCUGGAAGAUUCUGAGACUUGUCAUGCAUGUUUUGCAUGGGCCGCAAUGUCUGUGAUGCACGCCCUAGCAUCACAGAUUUUUUGAGGGCUUCGCGAUGCCUAUUCCGCAUGACAAAUGCCCUCUCCGCGUACCAAAAAUUACAUUCCCUUUGCUGCUCAUGCAAUACAGAUUUUUUUGGAAUCCAAAUUCAGCAUCACAAGUUGCAUUCUUCCAGACCCAGACAUUUUUACAUUUGAUACGAAGCUCGCAGGAGCAAUCGCUGUUGAAGGCGGAAGAAUUCCUGGAGGAGAAGAUGAAGCAAGACCUGCAGCUAUCCUGACUAAAAACGUACCCACACCAGAGUCAAGAUGGGGAAUCGGCUAGACAAAUCCACAAGUUUUGGCUGUUUUGCAUGACAAAUUUGGAUUCGUAGUGUAGUGCUGUUUGAGCUAGCUAAGCAGCAUCACAGAUCUAGCAUACCAUGCUGAUUGGAGCAUGACAAAUUGCAAAACACGACUAGAAAAUGCUUCUCAUGGGUCUCCGCAUGAGAAACAUUUUCAGCAUGCAGAUUUGCAUUACAACCCUGGCGUGGGUACGUUUAUUUUUACUCAGGAUAGCAGCGGCAAAUCGACCGGUCCAGAAGCCUGGCCGACCGCAUAUCCGAGCUGCAAAGGCAACGAAGCCAGCUGGAGGACCUGAACCGGCAGCACAAACUUGAUUGGAGCCAGGAUUGCUUCGAGAUGGAGAUGCUCGUGAACCUCGGGAUCUCCACCGUGUUCGCGAAGGCCAAAGUGCCCGACUGCCGAAAGCUUUUCGUAGAGUGCGGACUUGGGUUUCACGUGGAAAUGGACCUACCGCAGGCCAUCGCGUUUCUGGAGAAAAAGGAAGCCUUCCUCAGGGAAAAAUUCGAUCGGGAAAUGCAAGAAACAUGUCGUCUCAAAACCCAGGUGCACGAAAUGCUCUUCCAUAUCCAGUCUUUACAGCAAGCGUUGUUGCACAACCAGUAACCAAAUGGAUACGCGGCUUGCGAUUCCAUCCAUACCUCUCUAUCUUCCGUACUUUUUUUCGAGUCGUUCCGCGACAUUACAAGACUAUGAAGCCGAAAAAAGAACUGGCCUACCGACUCUACCC